GUUUGGCAACGUUGUGCGCAUCUGUCAAACAUGUGUUGUUGUUUUGUCUAUAUAGAAAAGAAACAAAAUUUAAAAAAUUACCUGUGGAUUCUAGAUACAUCUGUGAAACAUAAAAAAUCACACAUAUUUUUGAAGUUUACCGACUCGACAUGAUAUACAACGACUUGGCCGCAAAUUUGCCAGAGAAUUGGUUUCCAAUGGAUUUUUCACAAAAAUAUCAAAUUUUUCCACUUGAACCAUACACAACUGAAUUUGAUGAAAUCUACCAGUUUAUAAAAGGAAAUUAUUACAAAGUUAUUCAAGGCAUAUUCAAGUUACAAAACCCAUGUUUACACGCCAAAUAUACAUUAAAAUUGCAUGAAUACACAACACGUGGACCAUUUACAGUGAAAAAGCUCUUCCAUGAUACAGAUCAAGUAAAUGUGGAGUCAAUAGCCUGCUACAAUUUUGACUGGAGACUUGGUAGACGAUUUAAGUAUGGACCUGGGGUGUACUUCUCUGACUCUCCUUACUUGGCAAAUAAACAUUCCUGGAAAGAACAAAGUCAUUUUAGGUCAAUGUUUGUUGUUGAUGUCUUAAUUCAGAAUGUUCAGACUGGUGGACCAGACAUAUUUUUGCCUGAUAUUGGAUUUGAUACUGUAAAAAGCCUAAAUGGAGCUACUUAUGUUAAGUACUUUGACAAUGAAUACUAUCCCACCUAUUUUGUGAAUUAUUUAGAGUACAACUCAAGAUAAAAUUUCAUGAAUAUGUUCAAUAUUAAUUGUAAGAAAAACUUAUUUUUAUAGUACAAAGUUACCAGUAUAUUCAAUUGGUAUAAUUUAAGUUAAAUUUAU